GAGGAAAAGUUAGUCAAGAUGGCAAAUCCCUCAGACCCGGAGUGAAGGGGCACCGCUCCCCAAAAAAAGCUGAGCCUGUCGCCCGUCCCGAGACAAACCCAGCGAUGCAAACUGCGCCAGGAGGCGUACGAGGGAUUCCCUGAAGAAAAAUGCCAGUGAGGCUGAAGCUGAUGUGACACAGCGUGUGCUGGAAGAAAGCUGACUCAUCAAAUAUCAAUCCCUCUGGGAGCCACUAAGCAGCCUAGAGCAGCUCACACCCCCACCAUCAACUCAGACUGGGGAAAGAAACCCCUCCAGCAGGAAUAUAUCCAACACCGGCUGUGGGCAAAACAAAUUUUGGCACCACAAAGCCUAACCGAGACUGCUGUCUUGCUGUCCAAGCUGAUAAUGACAAAGCUAAGAAUGACCAUACAGCGUUUCAGCUGAACUUCACCCAGUGACUGACUGACCCCCCAGAGACGUCAACAACCAGCUGAUACGACCAACUUCCUUCUCUAUCAGUUUUACCCAUACCAUCAGUGUAAAGUUCGGGGGGGGGCCCUCUGAGUCGCUCCCCACACCUCUCAGCCCAGCGCGGCACCACCACAGUCAGUCUGCCUUUAGCCCGCCUCGCAGACCAUGAUGUUUCGCGAUCAGGUGGGCGUGCUAGCCAGCUGGUUCAAGGGGUGGAACGAGUGCGAACAGACGGUGGCUCUGCUUUCCCUGCUGAAGAGGGUGAGCCGGACCCAGGCCCGCUUCCUGCAGCUCUGUCUGGAGCACUCCCUUGCCGAGUGCAUCGAACUGCAGGUCCUGGAGGGAGAGGCCAACAACCCAGGAGUGAUCAGCCAGUGGCAAGGCGAGCCUAAGGAGCGUGUCAUCUCGCUUGUCCUUACCCAUCUCCCACUCCUCAAACCCGGUAAUGUUGAAGCCAAGGGCGAGUAUAUGCGCCUGCUGCCACGCAUCCUGGCCCACACCAUCGAACAUGGCCACCACCUGGAGGAGUCUCGCCAGCUCCUUUCCUACGCACUCAUCCAUCCCGCAACCUCCUUGGAAGACCGUGCUGCCCUGGCACUCUGGCUCAACCACCUAGAAGAAAGGGCCGCUGCCCGGGGAGACUCACUGGAAAGGCCUCCUCCUGCUGGGCCGCACCACCACCACCACCAGUCCACGCCUCCAUCCACCCUCACUUCAUCAGGAUCCUCUCCCUCCACUAACACCACUUCAUCAGGCAACCUGUACGCCUUGCAUCACCACCAGCGCUAUGGCUCAGACGACCGCCUCAAUGGGUGGCAGAGCUCCAGGGAUUCAGGGCUGGGUGGAGGCUGGCAUCAGCAGCAGCAGGCCUGUGAGAACGGGCACCUGCUUCUCUACCCAUCAUCCUCUGUGCCGGCAACCAUAAACACAGUUGGAACUGGUGGAAGCGGUAACACUAUCCUGACAAGUGGAAGUUGCAGCCAGCAGCACAGUCCCCUGAAGCGCUCCGUGUCCUUGACACCUCCCAUGAGCGGCCCCAGCAACCAGCCUCUGGGCCACAUCUGGCUGUCCCAGGAGGAUUUACGGACCGCUAGAGGCCCAGCUCCAGACCAUGCACCUCUCUCACCCCAGAGCAGCAUCGCCUCCUCGGGCAGUGGAGGCAGUGAGCAUCUGGAGGAGGCUGGUUUAGGAGGGGGUUCAGGUCUGCAUCGCAGUUCCUUCCAUGAGGAGGGCAGUGGCAUGAGGGAUGUUCCUGCAUGGCUGAAGAGUCUCCGUCUCCAUAAAUACGCCACUCUCUUUUCCACUAUGACCUACGAUGAGAUGAUGUCACUGACCGAGGAGCAGCUAGAGGCGCAGAAAGUCACUAAAGGAGCCAGACACAAGAUUGUUAUCAGCAUUCAGAAGCUCAAAGAGAGGCAGAACCUACUGCGCAGCCUGGAAAAGGAUGUGUUGGAGGGCAGUAAUCUGCGUUCCCCGCUGCAGGAGCUCCACCAGAUGAUCAUGACGCCUAUCAAGGCUUUCAGUGGUGGAGAGGAGGCCUCCUUGCAGCGCCCCCUCUUGAGCCCUGAGGGUAAGAGCGCUGCACCUGGCUCCCACCUGACUGGGGGAGGCGGAGGGGAAGCUGAGUCGGGCGCAAGCAUCAUCGCAGAAGGGGAUCUACCUGGCCAGUUCACUCGUGUCAUGGGCAAAGUUUGUACCCAGCUACUGGUGUCAAGGUCAGAUGAGGACAACAUCAGCUCCUACCUACAACUCAUCGACAAGUGCCUGAUCCAUGAGUCCUUCACUGAGACACAGAAGAAGAGGCUGUUGUCAUGGAAACAACAGGUCCAGAGGCUGUUCCGGUCCAUUCCCAGGAAAACCCUCCUUGACAUAGCAGGGUACCGACCGCAGAGGAGCCGUUUUGGCCAGUCAAACUCUCUCCCCACCGCCAGCUGCGUUGGGGGCAGCGUGUCGGCCAGGAGGAGCCUUCGCCAGUUCCAGAUGCCCUCCAGGAGCUUGCCGGGUGCCAGGCUGGGCCUGUUGGGAAGCGGGGGGCUGCUGGGACCCACACCUCGCAGCUCCAGCAGCACACCCACUGGUCCCAAGCAGGGGAGACAGGGUCUGUGGUUUGCCAACCCUGGAGGAAGCAACAGCAUGCCCAGCCGGACCCACAGCUCCGUACAGAGGACCCGCUCCCUGCCGGUUCACACGACGCCACAAACCAUGGUCAUGUUCCAACAAGCUGAUCUUCAGUUACCAGUGACAGAGCCGGACAUCAACAAUCGCCUUGAGUCUCUGUGUCUGAGUAUGACAGAGCAUGCCUUGGGAGAUGGUGCUGACCGCACAUCAACAAUAUGAAAUGAGGACUUGAGUGAGAGCAGCAGGACAGCGCAGGUUCACGAGGCUCUCACAAUAAGUCACCUUGAGGUCACCAGCCCUCCCGUCCCCUCUCUCUGUAGCCAAUGGUAGAGCUCAACCAAAGGACCGGGCGGGAUUCAAGAAACACAAGAGAGCCGAUCAUCAAACGGCUAACACAAGCUAUCACAUUGGCACCGUCCAUCGGGUUGGAAAAACACACUUCCUGCUCCGCCAGCAUGCUCACAGUCACCUGCAUCUGGGUGAGGAGAGAGAAAAGCAUUGAACACGGCCUGGACAGUGUGGGAACAGCGCCCCCCCCCCCCCAUGGGGAGUCCAGAAGCAGUAAUGCGGUCCAGUCAGCCCUAGCAGAACGGAGGCACUGGCCGGUGGAUCAGGGCCCAGUGAGACUGAGGCCCCUUCCCUCUCAAACACUUUCUGGUCCCUGCACAUCGACGCCACAGCUCUUGGCAUCUUUCAGAUCCAUAACAGUACCUCAGACUCAAAAACAAGACAAGACAAGCAGAGCUACAAGGAAGCAGAAGGAAGUUUGGGAUUUCCUAGACUGUUUUCAGUGAGGACAGAAUGUCCAGGAUGCUUAUAGAGCUUGGGAAGGCCUCUUGCUCAGUACUGGGCUGCAAAAAAUCAUUUAUUUGUCUUGUAUGUAUUUGUUGUUUACAUAACGAUGCUACUUUCAAAGGGUACAGAAACAUGUAUGAAAUUCAGGUUAUGAAUUGUGUCAUAUUCUGUAAAGCCUUGGCUGUAUACCACCUUUACAUCCCAUGAGUAGCCGUCACGCUAGUUUACAACCAACCUGCUUAUUCUUUAUUUUAUCAGCCAACAACAAAGACAUGUCGUCUUGAACAUUUACCAAGAGAGAGCGAGAGGGGAGAAUGAGAGAGGAGGAGGUAGAGCAGAUGUGUGAAGGGGGAAAGGAGGAAGAAGGGGAGGUGGAGAAAGACACAGAAAGUAGAAGAAGAAAGAAUCGAGCUGAAGUGAUACUGGAAAGGGAAGCGGAUGUUUAACGGUGAAAGACAUCAGAGGCAGGACCUUUGAUCGGUUGAAGAUGACGGAGGAAGAUGAUGUCAAGUCUAAUCAUGUUAUGAGUCCGUUCAUGUGAGUGAGUGUAGGAGGACGUGAAUUUGGCAGCAGUGAGUUGCAUAUUGUUUAUCCAAAGCAUGUACUGUAUGAACUCUUUGAAUUCAAUAGAUAGAAAUAUAGGUUAUUUUACGUAAAUGGGAGAUUAAUACAGCUGUAUCGUCAGUGGGAUCUGUCUGCAUGUUCAGAUACCGGGCUCUGUUAUUUAAAGCAGGGUGAUUUGCUUAAGUUGCAUAUUACAACUAAAUAUCUUUCUCAGUGGAAAGGAAGAUUGUAAAAUGUGUGAAGCAGAGAAAACAGGAGAUAGCUUUGGUUUCCGCGCAGACCGUGUUGCUGAGAUGAUUGCAACAUGGCAGAAAUCACACACUGUCAAUCCAUGAAGGGUAGUUUUCCCAGAGAUUGUCUCAUUAGUUCUUACCUCCACCUGCUGGCCAAACACAGUCAUGGCGGUACAGACGCUGAAGUCCAUGGACACACAGGCACUGCGAAGACGCCAGCCUUUCAUUGAAAAACCAUCGAUGAGGAACAUUUGGGGAAAUGUCAGAGCUGGUUUAGUCUUUGCUGCAGGGAUUCCCUCAGAGAUUGCCCAUGUGACGUGGUCUUCUUCCUGUUCUGUCAGUGUAGGCCUACAUGGAAUAUAUAUACAUAUAC